GCCGUUGGAAGCGGAUUGCCUGUGGUGUGCCAUUCGGUGCUGUAUUCCUCGCUGUGUCCUCUGGGGGGGAAUGCAUCGUUAAGUGCUACUUGGCGGGUCCGUUUCCGUUGAAGAGAAACCGCCCCUCCGAACAUAGAUCGAAACUAGAGCAGUUCCUCCGGUGUGGUAUAAAGACCGUUUAAGCUGCCCACCCUCCUUUUGUCCCUGGACUUUUUGUUUUUCUUGUGAUUCCGUUUUCGAUUUCCCGGUGCACCAUCCCAUACCGUUCAACGUCUACCCCGCCCUUUGUAGCGUUCCAACCGUCGUCUGUACCCUCCCUACGUUUAACAUCACCGAGAUGAGGCCCUUCGCGAGAGCAUUGCGCCCUGCUGUGCGUAGAAGUCUGGCUGUUUCUGCUCCCAGGAUAGCCAGCGGGAGAACGGCUGCUCUUCCUGCUGUUCAGAUCGCUGCCCGUCCUCUUUCUACCACUGCUCCUCGCCGCGAUCCCAGCCUUGCCGAUGUCGCCCCAACACCCAUCACCCACUUCUCCGAGACCGAGGUCGCCAUGGCCGAGGCGGUCCAAAAGUUCGCCAACGACGUCAUCCUGCCCAAGGUUCGCGACAUGGACGAGGCCGAGGAGAUGGACCCCACCAUCGUCGAGCAGCUCUUUGAGCAGGGUAUCAUGGGUGUUGAGAUUCCCGAGGAGUACGGUGGUGCCGGCAUGAACUUCACCGCUGCGAUUGUUGGUAUUGAGGAAUUGGCCCGUGUCGACCCAUCGGUAUCCGUCAUGGUGGACGUCCACAACACCCUCGUCAACACUGCUGUGAUCAGGUGGGGUAGCGAAACCCUCAAGAAGAAGUACCUCCCCAAGCUGGCCACCAACACCGUUGGCUCCUUCUGCUUGUCCGAGCCGGUUAGCGGUUCUGACGCUUUCGCCCUGGCCACCAAGGCUACCCCUACCGAAAAUGGGUACAAGAUCAACGGCAGCAAGAUGUGGAUCACAAACAGCAUGGAGGCCGAAUUCUUUAUUGUUUUCGCCAACCUCAAGCCUGAGCAGGGAUACAAGGGUAUCUCCGCCUUCAUCGUUGACAAGGGCAUGAAGGGCUUCAGCAUCGCCAAGAAGGAGAAGAAGCUCGGCAUCAAGGCCAGCAGCACCUGCGUUCUCAACUUUGACGAUGUGGAGGUCCCCAAGGAGAACCUCCUCGGUCAGGAGGGCCAGGGUUACAAGUACGCCAUCCAGAUCCUGAACGAGGGCCGUAUCGGUAUUGGUGCUCAGAUGACCGGUCUUGCUCUCGGUGCGUGGGAGAAUGCUGUCAAGUAUGUGUGGAACGACCGCAAGCAGUUUGGAAAGUUAGUUGGCGAGUUCCAGGGUAUGCAGCACCAGAUUGCGCAGUCUUACACCGAGAUUGCGGCGGCGCGCGCGUUAGUGUACAAUGCUGCUCGCAAGAAGGAGGCCGGCGAGGAUUUCGUCAUGGACGCUGCCAUGGCCAAGCUUUACGCCUCCCAGGUCGCUGGCCGUGUGAGCGGGUUGGCGGUGGAGUGGAUGGGUGGUAUGGGCUUCGUCCGUGAGGGUCUGGCUGAGAAGUUCUUCCGUGACAGCAAGAUUGGCGCCAUCUAUGAGGGCACGAGCAACAUUCAGCUCAACACCAUUGCGAAGAUGUUGCAAAAGGAGUAUACCGCUUAGGUUGUUUUCUUUUGUCACUCUGUUUGAAGCAUACAUUUGAACCGGAGUUAUCUUUUUGCAUGGGCGAUUUCCUUGGGCCUGAAAAUGGAGGGCUUGUUUUUGCCUCGUUGAGAGCUAUAAAGCAUAUGAAUACCAUUUACACAAUACAUAUCGUGAAUGAACCAGGAUCUGCUUGUCUUGCGGU